CCAGUCGGGUAGCAAAGAUACUUGCUAUGUUUGUUCAAUAGCUACAGCCCAAACAUAUGCGGUCUGACCAAAAGACAUGACCCCACGAGACAGCUACGAGUGAAGAUACGAGUGAAAAUACAUGUUUGUUUUUCGCAAUCGAUGCCCAUGUGUAUACGCCACGAGGUCAUUGUGCUCUUACGCCCUACGGAAAAUUUGGACCGGCAGAUUACCGGCGGAAAUUACCAGAAGAAUACCGGCGGAAUACCGGCGCAAAAUCCCUAACUUCGCAGGCGCAGUAAUACCAGCAGACUACCGGCAGACUACCGGCAAACUACCGGCGGAAAUAAGCACGCCUUUACCAGAGUCAACCGGAGGAUUACCAGAGGAUACCACCUGCCAACGGCUAAGCUCAAUAGAUGCUGUAGCGACAGUAGGUGUAGCAACUAGACCAUCUACGACACACUACAGACGUGCUGCCGUUUUCUUGGCCUUCUUGGCAGACUUGCGCGCCUUUUGUGCUUGUGAUGCUGCUGUCUUGGCCUUGGUCAUAGUAGCGCUGCCCUGCUCAGCGUCCUGUGCUCUGCGUGAUAGCUUUGAUGUUUUUUUAAGACUAGAACUUGCGAGACGAGGAGGUGGAUCGAUCUUUGCUUGACUUCUGGCCACUGGUCAGUCUUUUAACAUCAAAGAUGGGACGGACUUGCCUUGGAAACAUGCGCAUUCUUGUCUGCUUGAUGCUACAUCUUGUUAGCCAAUGUUUCCUCCGCAUAAUAGGCUCACAUUGUGCUGAGAAGAAGUUGGCUGCAACUGAAAAUGUUAGUGAGGUACAGCAGGCAAGAGGAGAAACCCACAACUCUCGAUGCAGUCUCGUCAAUAUCAUCGUCUUCAAAGGGGACGGAAGCGGGUAUCUCGCAGCGAAUGUUCUCGUCAUCGACGCGAGCAGACGACGCCCCAUGGACAACGUCGUGCGCGUCGUUGAGGUCAUCGUCUUGGGGAGCAGCAGCAGUAGUCUUCUCUCUGUAGA